AUGGCGCAACGACUGACGUACCGAAGGCGCCUUUCUUACAACACCCCCUCCAACAAGACCAAGGUCAAGAAGACGCCAGGAGGCAAGCUCGUCUUCCACUACGUCAAGAAGAGGGGAAAGGUCCCCCGUUGCGGAGACACCGGCGUCAAGCUCCACGGAAUCACCGCCGCUCGCCCACGUGAGCUCUCCAGACUCACUCGCCGCCACAAGACCGUCACCCGUGUUUAUGGAGGAGUCCUGUGCCCCGCCGCCGUCAAGGAGAGGAUCAUCCGAGCAUUCCUGUGUGAAGAACAAAAGAUCGUCGCCAAGGUUAUCAAAAGCCAGAAGACCGCCAAGAAC